CAGAACAAGAACCCUAGUCCCUAAAACACUCACUGAGCCGUGUCCGUUAAAGUCCUCUCCUUUCCGACUUUAUCGCGAACGCCGAAUCUCAAAUGGAAGGAGAAGAUGAGCUCCGGAAACUCAACGGCGAGGUUUCGUCUCAACGAGACACAGUUGUAGAAGACGACGAUCCGUUAGUAUUGAGCUCUCAAGCAUUGGCGGCGCUCCAGGAGUUUCUAGCCGACCAGAACAAGACCGUCACAGUCACGCCGCCACCUUCCACGGUUGACGGAGGAGAUAAAGUGGAGCUGGUCACUGAAGACUGGAGACUAAGCCAGUUCUGGUACGAACCUGAAACCGCAGAGACUGUAGCCGAGGAAGUGGUCACUCUCUCCAACAGAUUCUCGGGCUGCAGAGUCGCUUGCAUCGCUUGCCCUACUCUUUACGUGUAUCUCAAGAAGAAGGAUCCGAGUCUACAGGUGCAGUUGCUGGAGUACGAUAUGAGGUUUGAGAGAUAUGGAAGUGAGUUCACCUUUUAUGAUUACAACGAACCUGAAGAUUUGCCACCUCAGCUUAAACAUUGCUUCCAUAUAAUCGUUGCAGAUCCUCCCUACUUGAGUAAGGAAUGUCUAGAAAGAGUUACUCAAACGGUUUCGUUUCUGGCGAGUCCAGUGGAUUCUUUGUUACUUCUUCUCACAGGAGAUGUGCAGAGAGAUAGGGCGGCUGAGCUAUUGGGUGUUCGUCCUUGCGUGUUUAAGCCUCAUCAUUCUAGCAAACUAGGAAACGAGUUUAGACUGUUUAUAAGUUAUGAUCCAGGUACCAGACUAGGGGGCUUGGAAGAAGAAGAAGACAGCUAGUUUGCGACUUGUGGAUUGUCCAUCUUUUCAUCUACCAUCUACGUUGACUUGCUUUUCUGAUGAUGAUGAGCGGCUUGGACCAUGUCAGGUUUUCUGGUGUCACAGUGGUUUGUGGUGGCGGAGAAGGCUCAUGUCUUCCAUCAAGUCAACUGGUCUUGAAGUUUUCAGUUUUUAUCUUUCUUUGUUCUGUAUCUUGUUGCAGCCGCCGUUUAGGUGAAAGCCUGCCUUGUUGUUGAGAUACCGAAGUUUUUUUUUUUUUUGGGGUUAUUGAUAUUUUACUGCAUUACAAAAAGGUUAUAAUGCUUUGUAACGAAGUGAAGUGAUUCACAAAAAAGAUCUUUAGUA